GCUUUCACGAAGAACUCUAAUUCAUCUUAUCUCUCGUGUUUGUCUUUUUCGCUAUCCAACCAGAGUUGAAAGGGGAGCUGAUUUAAACCUUCAUUUUUGCAUUUGAUUUCGCAUACUAUAGCAGCAUCGAAUCACUUGUUUUACACCAUAUCGAGACAAGUGACCAUAGCCUAUGCAUUCUCUCUUCCCAAGUUUCACAAUGUCUCCGAUAAUGGACAACACACAGCUUUUUCUCGACCCGGCAUUCUGGUUGGAUCCAUGUACUGUUCAGAAUACGGGGAUCGUGUAUCCUACUGGAUUUGAAACCCAGACUGGGACUGAGGAUUUGGAGGGGAGGAGAAGAAAAACUAGGAUGAGGGCUUCGAGAGCUUGCAUUGCAUGUCGAUCGAGACAUACGAAAUGUGAUGGAGUGGAACCUGUUUGUACGAGAUGCCAGGUUGAGGAGAAGAGUUGUGUUUAUACGAAGUCCAGACGAGGAGGCUCUGGAAGAGUAGGAGGUGUCAAGAAAAUUGCCGUGAGGGGAGGUGCGAGAAGCAGGACUUCGACGGGGUCCCAAUCCGAUGAGAUGAUUUGCAAUGCAACUUCUACUUCUGCGACGACAAGUCCUCAUUCAGAAAGUCAUGCGGCUUCUAGACACGACAGCGGUUCACCGGGUGAAACCCAUUCUUUAAUCUCUGAUACUUUUGACGAUGGGAGUCAUCUCAGUCGCUACUUCGAAUUCUUCCACAAUGCUCAUCCGAUUGUCCUCCCCCGAAAGAAAUUCAUCUUACUCCUUAAAACCAGACCAUCUUCUCUCGACUACCUCCUUCCAGUCUUGAACUUUAUUGGAGCUCUCUAUACACCUGGAAUACAAACUGAUACACUCCGCCAAAUUGCCCAUGAAAAGUUAAACGAGGACUCCCUCCCCAAGAAUGCAUUUUCUGUACAAGCACUCAUCCUAUUCUCGCUCGCAAUUCAUUGUUUAGAUGAAUACGAAGCUGCGGAAGAAUAUCUUAACAAAGCUAUUGACGUUGCCCUUUUCAUCAAAAUGAACACACAGGAAUUUGCAUGGAAAAACGCAGAAGGUGAUGCUGUUCUUGCAGAGAGCUGGAGGAGAACUUGGUGGAUACUUUAUUGUAUCGAUGCUGUGUUCGCGGCGAUAAGCCAUUAUCCUUCUCACAGGCUGCAAGAAAACAUCGGGGAUGCCAUGUUGCCUUGUGAAGAUCACGAUUAUUAUUCUGGUGUAUGUAUUUCUCAUGUCCCUCCUCUGCACGUCAUGCAAACUGAUGAGAAAUGUAAAUAGAAAAUUCCCCAGCUUUAUAGCCUUUCCGAUCAUGACAACCGAGAAUUCUCAGAGGAAGAAAUUGUGUUUUCCUCCUUCACUUAUCUCAUUGAUGCGUGUCGCACCGCAUCUUCGAUGAUAACCCUCGAACCCGAAGACAACGCUCCAGGUGAGAGGGUAUUAGAGGCCUUCGAUGCCAAGUUCGUGAAUUGGUUUCUGUACCUGCCAAAGUGCAAGACGGAUCUCGUCCUUCAAGAUGGAAAGGUAGAUGAAACGAUGUUCCUAGCUCAUAUAGUAAUAAAUUGGUUCGUUUCUCCUGCAUUUUCCCCUUCCCCUUCCGCUCAUAGAAUAACAAAAGACUAACGUCUAAUAAGCGAAAAACUCACCCUCCAUCGCCCCCACUCCCUCAUCCCCUACUCCUCCCUAGAAACAAAAUCCAAGUGCACACCCCCCAUCCACCACCGUACCCGCUCCCUACAACGCUCCAUACUCCUACAUACAUCCAAGUCUCUCGAAGCCAUCGAGAGCUCCAUCAAGCUUUUCGCCAUGACCGAGAAGCAUCUCCUCCACUCGCCGAUCGUGACUUGUGCAUUGGCGCUGGCGGUCAUGGCGCAGGUUGGCGCUUGUAAUCUUGUUGUGCGUGGAGAAGGGCAAUUUGGGAAGAAAGGGAGUUAUGAGACUGGGCGGGAGAGAAUUCGUCUGGGACUUGGGGCCCUGAGGAGCCAGAAGGGGGUUUGGGGCAUGGCGAGGAGGAGUGUGAGGGAGGUUAGUGAGGUGGCGAGGGAGUUGCUUGGCGUGAAGAGUGGAACUUCUGGGUCUUCUGCUUUCACUGGGUCGACGGGGCAGUCGUCUGAUGAUGAGGGGCGCCGGGUUCGGGAUAUUCACUCGGCUGCGGAAGAGGUAUUGAUGAAUGAUGUGGCGAGGGGUGAUCAAGAAGGGGAGGAGAGUUUUCUCGAUUUGCUGAAUGAUCAUGGUGACGAUCAGGAAAUGGGGUUGAUGCGAUUUCGGGAUUUUGAAUCUAUCGGUUUGGAGGUGAGUAUUUGAAUUUUGAUUCUGCAAGAAUCCAAUUCGUUUGGUAAGUUUGUGAGAUAUAUGGUAAAUCCCAACUCUUCGAGCAAGGAGAACUACUCGAUAGUAACACGACAAAGAUACUUUCUUGUUUUCAGUCAUGAUAUAACGAUCAAAAAGCUUGAAAGAAUUAGACAAUAACACCCGAGUUAUGAGGGUGUGUUGACCGCAUUGUGUAUGAAGGCUAUUGCGUAGUGCUACCUGAGUCUUUCCACCAUAUGCAUCCAUUCAGGACUUUGAAGGUCGCAGACCGAAUCUUAUAGCAGCACGUAAAAGGAACCUUCACUUUGAUUCAAAGGUGAGGUUACUAAUAAGCAAUUUUAGGACAAUUUUGUCACUAGAGAGCUGAAUGUACGAAAUAUCGUCACCUUUCAUGCACAUGCCGAUAUCCGGGCCGUUUUGGCUUGCGCGCCUACAGGAAUCUUUGCUUCCAAAUAG